UGUCUUUAUGCACAAAACAAAUAACAGUGAAGCUCUAACAGAGUAUACUUCUUCAGGCUGUAAACGUAGCUGGAGUUGGACUGUUUGGAGGAACUGGCAGAGUAACCACACCAACAACUGUACCAGCAGUAGUACCAAUGCUACAUGAAGUUGAAAACAAAGUUCCUGCCAAAUUGGCAUCAUCUUGCAUUGCUAUUAAAUGGGAGGAACCAGAUUGCCAUGGCUCUCCAAUCACUGGAUAUAACAUUGAAUACGGAGACAGAAAAAUUCAGACUGUUGAUAGAGUAACAGAAUGUCUUCUGAAAAACCUACAGCCUGAUACCACAUACAUAAUCAGAAUUCAAGCCAUCAAUCAUUAUGGACUAAGCCCUUUUAGCCAAUCAAUAAGAACCAAAACCAAGCCACUACCACUUGAUCCUCCACAUCUUGAUUGUGUGGUCUAUGGACACCAGAGCCUCAAACUGAAAUGGGGUAACUCUUCAAGCAAAGGAUUACUUUCCAACCUUAUAAGCUACAAUUUGUUAAUAGGAGAUCGAUCUGGCAGGUAAGCUAUUUGUACUAUUAAACAUGUAUUACAAUAAAGCGUUUUAAAAUUUCUAAAAUUUUAAAAUUUCCUAUCAAA